AUGCCUUUGCCGCCCAUUCGACCCCCUCUAGUGAACUCAGCGAAUCCAUGGGCCACCACGCUCGCCGAUCUGCAGGCGCUGUUCAACUGCCCUAGCACUGGAGCCGUGACAACACGCACUUGUCUCCUGAAUGGAUUCGAACACGAUUCAGCGAUACACCAAUACACGUUCUUCAAUGUUGAUGACCAUAAAGCCAGCCGUCCAGACAGCGAUGCCGAUUCAUCAUUUACCGGCAGCUUGAACACUCUCGGCUACAGUCCAGUCCCACUGGCAACGUAUCUUUCCAUGCUGGGUCGCAUCAUGGCCGACUCAAAACUGCCGGACAGCGUACGCAGAAGCAAACCGUUCAUCAUCUCAGUCACGGGUAGCUCAGAAGCUGUGGUGGAAUGCUAUAAGAGAAUUCAGGCCCUGCAGGCGAUCAUGCCCAACCCACUCUGCAUGGAGAUCAAUUUGUCUUGUCCCAAUAUCCCGGACAAACCACCUCCGGCAUACUGCGGCUCAUCCUUAACCGAUUAUCUACAUGCAUUUGGACGUGAGAAGACUCCCCCAGGACAGCAAAGGGUUGCAAUUGGCAUCAAGACACCUCCAUAUACCUAUCACGAUCAAUUUCAAAUCCUGAUCGAUGCCUUACUGGCUGCAAGCACGCCAACCUGCCCUGUUGAUUUCAUCACAGCUACAAAUACACUGGGAUCGAGUUUGAUACUCGGAAAUGAGCUCGGUGAGGGCGGCGUGCCUGCUUUGAAUUCUGCUUCUGGUGCUGGAAUAGGAGGCAUGGCGGGAGCACCGCUGCACCCACUUGCACUCGGAAAUGUAAAGACCAUCCGUACGAUCCUAGACAAACACGAUCAGCUGAAAGGUAUUGCCAUCAUUGGUGUCGGCGGCGUGAGCGACCAUGCUGGGUUUCAAAGAAUGCGAGCGGUCGGAGCUGAGGUAGUUGGUGUGGGUACUGCUCUGGGGAGGAAAGGAGUCGGCGUGUUCGAAGACAUCCUUUCGGAGUAA